AUGUCGUUGGAAAAGGUGCGCGAGAUAAUGAAGCUGGAGAAGGCCACGGAUAUCAUGAAGGGAUUCAAGAGCGACAGCAGUGAAGUCAUCGAUGUCCCUCUCUUAAACCGGCGCCUUGCCUCCUCCGCUAUGCGCGCAUUACGAGUUGACGCCGAGUUGUCUCCCCUCGUCCGUCGAAAGUUCUCAAUGCGCGCCGAGGAUACUGAGGGAAACGGUAAAGUUGAAGAUGAGAGUUAUACAAUUUUGCGCACCGAGUACAGUGCGACAACCAAUCGCAUGCUCCGAGUCGCUGUCAACGGCUUCAUGGAAUCCCUCGGCGUGGUCCUCCAGGUCAUGGAAGAACUCGAUGUGGACGUGCUCGAAUCGCAGUCAUGA